AUGAAUUUCUUCGUUAAUCUGGUGCUAUUACGAUCUUUGUUCCUUCUUGGAAGCUUUUUGGUCUCGCUUAGUCACGCUUUAUAUGACAUUAAUGGGGAUGUUGUCACGCUCACAGAUAAAAAUUUUCAGGAGCAAAAAGUUGUGCUGGUUGAAUUUUUUGCACCUUGGUGUGGGCAUUGCAAAAACUUGGCACCAGAAUACAAAAAAGUCGCAAAAAAUCUCAAAGGUAUAGCAAGGGUGGCUGCAGUUGAUUGCGACAAUAAAAUGAAUCAGGCCAUAUGUGGAUACUAUGAUAUUAAAGGGUUCCCAACAAUCAAACUCUUUCCGAGUCAAAGUGUGCCAGAUAAAAAAAAUCCAGGCGCAUUUACAAAGAAACCGAAAGAUUACCAAGGACCUAGAACUGCAAAAGCUAUUGUGGACUAUGUUCUUGGGGAAAUUCCUUCAUACGUACAACCAAUCUCCGACAAACGUCCAACAAAGAAAACUUUGACUAUUAAGGAAUUUCUUGAAAAAGAUAACGCUACACUUUCAAAAGCAAUAUUAUUCACCAACAAAGAACGAACAACACCCUUAUACAAAUCACUAUCAGUUGACUUUCAUAAUCGUAUGUUGCUCGGAGAAGUACGUCAAUCUGAAGCGGAGAUUAUAAACAAAUUCGGGAUUAAUAGUUUUCCAAAGUUGUUGGUGAUCCCUGCGGGGGAAACUGAUGCGGUCGAGUUUGACGGAAAAUUAAAUCACGGUUCGAUAUCCGAAUUUCUUGCAAAAUAUGCGCCAUUACCUUCAAAGAAAUCACAAAAUAAAAAAUCAGGGAAAUCGAAGUCUAAAAAGUCAGAAGAUAAUGAAAAAAUAAAAAAAGACGAACAGCCGAUUGAACCAGAAAUAUUUAAUCCUGAAAUAUCGCAAAUGCAAACCCAAACAGAUCUUGAAUCACAAUGCACAUCAAAAUCCACCGGACUUUGUAUACUCUCAUUUAUUCCACUAGAACCAGAAUUCCCAGAAUCAGUCGCUGAGAACGAAAGCAACCAAAUAAUUCUCCGUCGUGUAAAAGAAGAAUUACACAAUGAUGCCUCCGUGAAAAUUAAUCUCUACUUUAGCUGGUUGAAUGCUCUUGAAACCGGUGCACAGAAGCUAAUCAAAGACUUCAAGUUGUCGGAUGUCUAUCCGACUCUGAUGGUCUUGAACCCGAAUCGUAAAGUUUUUCAGCCUUUCUUGGGGCCUUUUGAAGAUGUGGCUAUUGAAAAUUUCAUAAAGGAAGUGAUUAAAGGGAAGGGGAAAAGCUUUGCCUAUGAUUUCCAGGUUGAUUUUGGUGAAGUUAAAGUUGAUAAGGAUGACGGUAUUAAAUCUACUAGUACAGUUGUGGAAAAAGAACAAGAAACUGAGCCAAAAUUAGCGGAAAAAGUUGUCGGUGAUGAUAAUGUAAAAACUAAACACGAAGAGUUAUAA